AAUAAUCUCAUAAACUUAGCACCUUUUUUCAUGAAAUUUUUCGUUACAAAUAAUGAUCACUGAAUUCAAAUAGCCCAGUGAAGUGUUUCUCUAAGAGCAUUAUAAUAAAAUAAAUAAUUUGGUUUUGGUGGGAGGCUGGAAGCAAAUGGAUAUCGCGUAUUCACCGAGAGUGGGGUUUACCUGUAAUUAUUCUUGAAUAUUAUCACUUGCUAUAUAAAUACCUAUCUAAAAAAAAUUUUUUGUCUAUACUUUCAAGUUCAAGUUUGUAUCCAGUUUAGUAUACUUCCGUAAAAAUGAGUUUAACUUUGGCAGGAAGAGCAUUGCACUUUGUGUUUAAGAUUCCGAACAGAAAGGAAUCUAUGAGAUUUUACAGAGAGAUUCUGGGAAUGAAAAUGUUGAGACAUGAGGAAUUUGCAGAAGGAUGUGAAGCCACUUGUAAUGGACCUUACGACGGUAGAUGGAGCAAAACGAUGGUGGGCUACGGUCCGGAGGACAACCAUUUCGCCAUAGAGUUGACCUACAAUUACGGCAUCACCUCUUACGAAAGAGGCAACGAUUUCGAAAAGAUCACCAUCAAAAGCAAAGAAGCUUUGGAGAGGGCCAAGAAACAAAAUUGGCCAAUCGAGUCCGGUAACACUUUGGUAGCGCCAGGUGGUUAUAAGUUUGAAAUAAUUAGCGAAUCUCAACCAACAGAUAAAGAUCCAGUGCAGUCGGUAACAUUGAAUUCCUCGAAUUUGAAGAAAUCAAUUGAUUAUUGGAACGGAAUUCUUGGUCUGAAAAUUUUCAAGCAAACCGACAAGACGGCGUUGCUCGGCUUUAAAGAAGACGAGGCUAAACUCGAACUGAACGAUACUGGAAAACCGGUAAACCGAGGACAAGCGUACGGCCGUAUCGCCUUCUCCAUCCCGCAUUCCGAACAAGAACCAUUAGCGAAGCUCGUCGAUGAGAAGAAAGUCAAAGUUUUAACCCCACUCACUGUCUUACCCACUCCCGGAAAAGCCGACGUCCGAGUAAUUAUUUUAGCCGAUCCGGAUGGUCAUGAAAUCUGCUUCGUGGAUGACGAAGCGUACAGGCAACUCUCACAACCGGAUUACUCUAGCGAGAAAGUACUCGAAACUCAAAUGAAGAAGGACACAUAUGACAAAUCGAGUUAAGGAACUUUGUUUAGGGUUUAAUAUACAUUCUGAGAACGUUGUGAUCUAUGAAAUUGGUUAAUAAUGAUAUUUAAUAUUGUAUACACAUAUAAAACGGGGUUUAAUUUUAUAACCAAGUCGGUUUUAAUAAAGAUAUUAUUUUACUGUU